UGUAAUAUAAUUUAUUGAUCCUUGCAUUAUUUUCAGCAAAAAACUAGUCACUAAAUUUGCUUAUCCUUGCACAUCUGUAAAGGACAAUACAUAGAUCAUGUAUAAACUCUUAUGAUCAUAUCCAAAUUCCAAAAACACACCAGUAACUUGUAUACACACUGAUGACAUUUUGAGCAAUUCUAGGUCCUGUACAAUGGCUGAAAUAAAAAUAAUCUUGAUGGGCAGUAUUGGAAUCAGUCACUAAAGUUGCUUAUCCCUGCACAUCUGUAAACAUUGGAAUACUAAGGCAGCAACAAAGUAUAGGAAUUUCAUUAGCAAAAUUAAACAAAAAAGGAUUAAGCCGGAUUAUAUUUCUGAUAAUGUGUGGGAACGUUGGUUGCAACUUUGGGCGGAUCCUAAGUGUGUUGAAAAAUCAGAAAUAAAUGCAAAGAAUCGCUGUGGAGGGAAAAAAGUUGCUGCUGGGACUCACACAGGUGGCUCUAUCUGCAUUGGGGAGCAUCGCAAGAGACUUGUUGUUGAAAAGGGUCGAGAUCCAACACCAGGUGAGGUACAUUUGCACGUCCAUACACAUGAUCAUGAUGGAGAAUCUUUUGUUGAUGAGCGUGCCUGAGUUGUCCAUGAAAGAUAUCAAGAAAUAUUACGGGAAAAAUCACAGUCUCAGACUGAUAUUGAUCAAUGUGAAGCAUAUUACGAAGCUGCUGGGGGAACAAGGAAGAGAAGAAUAUAUGGUCUUGGAUCUCAAGCACAAAGUUAUUAUGGGCCGAAUCUUAGCGUCAAUUCUGGAUUUAAUGCUUCGACAUCAGCACCACCUUCAACGUCUAAAUAAGCACCGACAGAAAAUAUGGAGAGUUAGUGAUGCGAUUGAUUCCUACACUGACUGAACUCUUUCUUCCUUUAUUUAUUGAGAAGGCACGCAGAGUGAUUUAUUCACCAUCACAUCAUCCAAAUACUCCUAUCCAUCAGUUGUGACACCCAUAGUGCCUCCUACUAUUGCUGCUAACGUUGACGAUGUUGAUCCUUUAGUUUCUGAUGAUGAUCGUAGUCCUUCACCCAUGCAUUAGUUUUUUAUGUUAUCUAUUUUUUUGUUGGAAAGAACAAAAUUAUGCACUAACAAUACUUGACGAAUGUGGGUUCUUUUGGUAGUUGAUAGCUUGGCCUUGUCGGUGU